UGCCAAUCCCCGCUUCUCCCCGCACCACGCAGGAUCUCAUUGGCCACGGGAGAAGCUCUUACACAAAUAAAACUGAUUCUCUCUGAAAAUAAGAUUGUCUUUUUCAAAGUGCUAUGGAGGGGGGGUCGUCCUGGGAGCAGAACCAUUUGUAAGACGGCAGAUGUCCCUCCUUCUCUGCGACUGCGGCUGCUUCCCUGCUGCCAGCUGUAAGGUCUGGCUCCUCUCUGCCUGCCUGUGCUGAGCACUGCCCUCCCGUGCCAACCACCCCAGAGUUAAACUCUUCAUGCUGCCAACAUGUGGAGCUCACCGGGGUCCAUCGCGGCGGUUGCGAUGCUGGUUGUUACCGCCGUGCACGCGGGCAUGAAGGUCACCCCGGCUGUGAAGUACACCAAGACCUUAGAGCUCGUGGGCACUGGUGCCUCUCACACCCCCCUCACUCCUCUCACGGGGAAAAGCUCACUCCUGGCAGCACCGGGCAGAGCCAAGUUACCCACCCCGAGCCCCGCGGCCCGAGGGGCCACCACGCUCUUCCCCUUCGAGAACUACACGCUCGACACAGCCGAUUUCUUCUUCAACUGCUGUGACUGUUGCCCGCCCGCUGCGGGGCCCCGGGGGCAGCCAGGGGAGCGCGGACCCCCAGGUCCCAAGGGGGAUAAGGGAGAUGCUGGUCUGCGAGGUCUGCCAGGAACGCCAGGUCCUCAAGGUCCAAAAGGUUCUAAAGGAGAAAGAGGAGGCAAAGGGGAGCAAGGAGAACGAGGAGUAAGUGGAAACCCCGGUUAUCCAGGCAAACCUGGGCUGCAAGGUGAAGGUGGAGUAAAAGGCAAUAAGGGCAACUACGGCUUCCCUGGACUGAAGGGACAAAAGGGGUCCAAAGGGGACACUUGUGAGAAUGGGACCAAAGGAGACAAGGGAGAUAGGGGGGAUGCUGGAGACCCAGGAGCAGAUGGAGAGCAGGGUGACAAAGGGGAAAAGGGAGACACAGGGGAGAAAGGGUACUGCGGGGAGCCGGGGGGAAGAGGUGCGAAGGGAGAAAGAGGGGAAGGGGGCAUGAAGGGAGAAAAAGGGAGCAAAGGGGAGAUGGGGAUUGAGGGUAUUCAGGGGGUGGAUGGAAGACAGGGAGAAAAGGGUGAGCAAGGAAGUAAGGGUGAUAAAGGGGACCUGGGACCCACUGGCAUGAUGGGACCUUCGGGGCCCAAGGGGGUCGCCGGCAGCAAGGGGGGCCGAGGGGCCCCCGGAAAGAAAGGCUCCCGUGGGGCAAAGGGUGCCCGAGGGGACUCCGCAAAGCUCCUGCGAUCGGCCUUCAGCGCUGGUUUGUCCAAGCCCUUCCCUCCGCCCAACGUCCCCAUUCGAUUUGACAAGAUCUUGUACAACGACCAAGAAGAUUACAACCCUUCCACCGGGAAAUUCAACUGCAGCGUGCCCGGGGCGUACGUCUUCGCCUACCACUUGACGGUGAGAGGGCGUCCGGCCCGCGUCAGCCUCGUGGCCCGUAGCAGGAAGGUGGCCAAAGCCCGUGAGACGCUCUACGGCCAGGAGAUCGACCAGGCAUCCUUCCUCACCGUCCUCAAGCUGAGCGCGGGUGACCAGGUGUGGCUGGAGGUAGCACGAGACUGGAACGGGGUCUACGUCAGCGCCGAGGACGACAGCGUCUUCACAGGGUUCCUUCUGUAUCCAGAUGUUUUUGAGAUCCUGCUAUAGAUUUAAAAGGCAAAGAUAUUACUGAGAAGCAUGCUUUGCCUGCAAGAGGAGAAAUGAGCAUCCGUUUAGCAUAUUGGUUUAGUCGCUAGGUUUCAUGAUCUUUUAACAAAAAACAUUUAUAUUUGCAAUCUAUGGGUUAGUUUUAGCUAGCAGCCCCAAGAAGCAGCAUGUCCUUUGUGCAGUUGGGUAAUGGCUGAGAGAAACCGUUGUCCAAACGCCAGCAGGACCGGCAUGGGGAGGGCAUUUCACAUCACAGACUUCAGGUUUGAAAUUAGUCUCUUAAAAUUAUGUAAUGAAACUCAUUGUCCGACUGCAGUUUUAAUCAGGUCAAGUCUCUGCAAUCCUUGCAUGGUCAAACCUCCUCUGGAAAUCAGUACUGGUAACUAUUGGUUUUGGUAAAGACUGCAGUGUUUGAUUUAUAGAGAUUAAUCAGACAUGAACAUGAGAAGUAGGUUUCUUGAAGUCUCAUGAAAAGAUUUAUUUUAUCAUUGAAUAAUUAUUAUCUAGUACUUUAGACUUGGUCAUGAAUUAUAUAAAGGUUUUUCUAAAAGAGUAUUAGAGCUAUUUGAUCAGUGCAAAAAAAAAAAAAACCCCUAACUAUUGUCCUUAGGCAAAAAUAUAUCUGAAACUUUCAAAAGUAACUGAGAGAUCCGUAAUCCAAUUUAUUAGGCUACUCAGAAACCCAGUUUCUGAGCCACUAACAAUUCAUCUGAUGCUGUGGGGUCAGUCCUCAGCUGCAGCGAGGAGGAGGAGGAGGAGGAGGAAGCAGCCUGGAGUCGGCUUUGGCACCUGCACGAGUCCUGAGGUGUUGUGACGGCCCGGUAGAUGUGUGGGCACAUUUUUUAAAAGCUGGUUUACCAAAAUGGAACUGAAUCUUGUGAAAUAAAGGUAUGACAUUAAAUAA